UUUAUUUCAUCUCUCUCGUGCCAUUCUGUAGAAAGCUGUGCUUGCUUCUUGUUAGCCUCUUACCAUUUCACAAUCCUUCGACUUCACUAGUACAAUCCAGUUGCUUGUUUCCUUUGGUCCACGACUCUCGCAAUAUAUACCCUCCCGACGCGACGACGACGACUCGAAUAGUAUCAAUCGAUUCACCAAAGAAAACUCACAACCCGGUCCCCGACGAACACGGAACCCCCCUAUCUCUCUCACCACCAAACUCGUUAUCAAAGCGUAUCAAUCUGUUACAGCAGGGAAAGGGACGGCAUCAAUCGCUGGGAGUACAGGAGAAAGAAGCACGAAGAGGCUCAAAAAGUAUAGACUUGGAUAUACCCACUAUCACACGGCUUUGGGGAAUAUUUUCGAUUCCCGACAGAACGACGAACAACGAAUUUUCUACCACAACUGUUUUUUUUGACAACAAAACAAAAUGACGCGAACUGCGCCCAACUGGGGCCCGAAGCGGCUUUUGGCCUUGGCCACCGCAUUUGCCUCAAGCACCCUCGCCGACUCAGUCCUUAAGACAAGCAGCUUCACAACCUGCGGUAACGAUACCGCUAUUACUGUCCAGAAGAUUGAUAUUCAGUACAACAACGACAACAAGACCGUCACCUUCGAUGUAGCAGGAACGAGCUCCAAGGUCCAGAACGUCACAGCCAUCUUGGAUGUCAGCGCCUAUGGCACUGCCAUCUACUCCAACACGUUCAACCCAUGCGAAGCAGGAACCUUUGUCGAGCAGCUCUGCCCUGUCCCCGCCGGCAGCUUCUCUGCCCGUGGCACUCAGAAGAUUCCUGAUGAGUAUGCCAGCAUGGUCCCGGAUAUCGCCUUCGCAGUCCCCGAUAUUGCCGCUCAGGCCAAACUUCAGCUCAAGACUCUCGACACCAACGAAGAGGUCGCCUGUAUCACGUCCCAGGUCACCAACGGUAAGACAGCCAGCGUCGCUGCCGUCUCCUACAUUGCCGCCGGUGUGGCCGGUCUCGCUCUUGUCGCCACCGGCGUGUCUGCAGUCAGCUCUGCUUUCGCUGGAGGCAGCGCCGCUCUCAGUGGUAGCGGUACUGGAGGUGCUGGUACCAUCAGCCCCAGUUUCACCGAGGUUUUCGGAUGGUUCCAGGGCAUGGCCAUGAACGGCAUGCUUUCCGUCAGCUACCCUCCUGUUUACAGCAGCUUCGUCAAGAACUUUGGUUUCUCUUGUGGCAUCAUUCCCUGGACCGACAUGCAGGUCGCCAUUGACAACUUCCGUGGUGCGACCGGCGGUGAUCUGAGCAAGGACAGCGUCGAGAUCCUCAAGAACAGCACUCUCAUUCUCGCUGACGGUUCUACCGUCGACGGUGGCAGCGCCCUCUUCAAGACCAAGCGUGCCGUCGAGACGUUCCACGCUCUUGUCCUCAGAGAGAUUGAGACCAGCGUCAACGGAACCACUAGCGGCGACUCUGACGACCCGGUCACCACUAUCAAGCAGAAGGUCCAGGGUAUCACUGCCUUUGUCAACACUCUCAGUGUCCCCAAGUCCAACACCUUCAUGACCGUUCUCCUCAUCGUCGCCAUCGUCAUUGCCGCUAUCAUUGUCGGAAUUCUCCUCGUCAAGGUCAUCCUUGAGUUCUGGGCCCUUUUCGGUAACUUCCCCAAGGGCCUCGCCGGAUUCCGUGAGCACUACUGGGGAUCCAUUGCCCGUGCCAUCACCUCGCUCAUUAUGUUGCUCUAUGGUAUCUGGGUCUUGUACUGCAUCUUCCAGUUUACCAACGGUGAUUCAUGGGCUGCCAAGGUUCUUGCCGGUGUCAGUCUUGGCAUCUUUACCGGCAUUCUUGCCUUCUUCUCUUACAAGAUUUGGAGCACUGCUCGCAAGCUGAAGCAGGCCGAGGGCGAUGUCAGCGGUCUCUACGAUGACAAGAACAACUGGAUGAAGUACAGUCUCUUCUACGAGUCCUACAAGAAGGACUACUGGUGGAUCUUCGUCCCCGUCAUCGUCUACCUGUUCGCCAAGGGUUGCAUUCUUGCCGCUGGUGAUGGCCACGGCAUGGCCCAGACCUCUGCCCAGCUCGUCGUUGAGGGUCUCAUGCUUUGCCUUUUGCUGUGGAGCCGUCCCUUUGAGCGCAAGUCCGGCAAUGUCAUCAACAUCACCAUCCAGGUCGUCCGCGUCCUCUCCGUUGCCUGCAUCCUUGUCUUUGUUGAGGAGUUUGGCAUUGCGCAGACCACCCAGACCGUCACCGGUGUCGUCUUGAUUGCCGUCCAGUCCGCUUUGACUGGUGUGCUCGCUCUUCUGAUCAUGUGGAACGCGAUCAACGCCUGCUGCAAGGAGAACCCCCACCGCAAGCGCAGAAAGGAGAUGGGUAAGUCUACUUCCACGCUUUUUGAGUAUCACCUUACUGACCCCCUUUACAGAGAAGAUGCAGCGCGACAUGGACACCCUCACUCCUCUAGACGCCCGCAACUCUCUCCUCAUGGACCGCAAGGAUCCCGAGGCCGGUACCACCUUCUCCAUGUCGAGCGUCCCCGAGAAGAAGGACCAUCGCCCAGAGUCUCCCGACCACUACAUGGGUGCCGCGGGCAACGCCCCCUACCGCCCUCUGGCGCCUAGCACGCCUUACGGCAACGCCCACCACGACCAAAGCCGCGAGAACCUCGUCCUUGGCGCGGCACCCAUCGCCGACAGGGCGCCAACACUGCCCAACGUGGGCGGCGACUUCAACCACAACCCCCACG